UACCUACUCCCUAACUACCUGUCCCACCCUCAACCAGCCCCAACUUCAGAGAAUAACUCUGACAGUGUCCUCCCCUGCCCUUCCCUUCAGGCUGUGGUGCCCUAUACCCGAGCAGGUGUCGGGGGCGGCGCUCCCCACUCCUCGCACGCCCACCUAAACUCCUCUCUUCCCUCCCCAUUCUUCCUGCCCAUACAGACUGUGCCUAUGAGCUUGGGUGGACUGGGAAGUACCCCGGUGUACGUGGUGAUGCCCUCCCCCGGGGCAGGAACCUCGCAGGGUCAGCCGCAGGGAGGAGCCUUCCUGCAGGAUCUACUCAGGAACAUUCCCUAUACUCCCAACCACGGCGGCGUCACCAUCUACGAACUACCAGAGAGUGCGCAGCAGCAGCAGCAGCAGCAGCAGCAGCGGCAGCAGCAGCGGCACAGGGGCACAGAUUCGGUACCAAUGUCAGCAGCAUCAUGGGAUGGCUCACGAUGGUCGGCAUCCUCGGAUCAUUUCCGCGGAGACCACCCGACACCCACCGCAACGGCGAGCUACGACGACCGCAACGCAGGACGGGCGCGGUGGGGUGACCGAGGUGUGGGCGUGGGUCACCUGUGGGCCCCAGGGGAUGAGUCUUCCCCAGGGACCCGCGGGGGUGAAGUGUUACCACCAGCCUGGGCAGAUCAGAGUGAGGAGAGUGUCCUGCCGGGCGCUCCCAUGUCCAAGCCUGGCCAGAGGACUUACGCUCGAGGCGGUGGAAUGAUGAAGAUGGAUCCAGAGGAAGUAGCCGAGAGGGAGAGACGCAAGAAGCAAGCAGAGGAGACACAAAGAAUAAUUAAGUUACAGCUGGAGGAGAAGAAGCGGCAGAAGGCGGUGGAAGAGGAGCGGGAGAAGCGUGAAGCUGCACUCUGGGAGGAGAGAGUCAAGGAACAGCAGGAGAGAGAAGCUCGGGAGUACCAGGAGGAAAUCAGGAAGAAACGAGAGAAAGAGGAAGCUGAGGAGAGGCGGCAGCAGCAGCUGCGCUCAGCCAUCAAAGAGGCGUCAGAGCGAGCCAAGAAGGAGAAGACUGCCAGCAAGUAUGGUCAUGUCCGCUCACUGUCCUCGAGUGGCCCGCUACCUGAAGUACGGGAAGAAGGUGACGAGGCUGCCUCGCUCAGCCCUCGAUCAGCUACCACACCCAGACAACGACAUCAACACCGCAGACAACUGUCACAGCAAGAACCCAUACAACAGUCUUCUGUCAGUGAGCAUCAUCAACAGCUCGUACAGCCAGAACAGCAACAGCAACAGCAGCCACAAACACAGCCUCAACAACAGCUCCAAGAAGGGCCACAACCAACAACGCAACAAAAGGUGAGCGGAGACUGUGAGGAGCUGGCAGUGCUGCUACGUACACUGGGACUCACGCCGGAGACGCUGCUGGCGUCCUCUGGCCGAGGCGCUCUCCUCACCCUCCUCCAGGCUGUCUCAGGUCCGCGUCUGUCACCACUGGACUACCAGGCAGACUAUAUUACCAACCGUGUCAUCACACCAACAAAGUACCGUGGCCCUCCUUCUAGAGAGUGUGGCACCCAGUGUGAUGACUCCCCACCUGGCAGAAGCAGUCCACGGAGGGAGUCCCGUAAGCGUGUAGGCAGAAGGAGCACAACAUCCUUGCCUCGAGAGAGUGGUCACAGCAGUGAUGCUCGGCCACCCUGGGGCCACAACCACAGUGACAGACCUUACAGGAAGCAGUCAGAGAAGGAUCCUUACUCCAACCGACGGCUGAGACGACGGGCUGCCAGGUCGCUGAGCAGGUGUGACCAAGACACAGGUACAGAGGAGAGUGACCAGCCUCACCUACACCGUCGUAGACGCAAGACCUGGGACAAGUCACGUCAGGAGUCACUCUCCUCGGAUAUAUCCAGGUCACCAUCACCGCGGGAGAGGAGGAGGAGAGGCAGUCGAGGAAGUACUGGGUCACCCAGACAGUGGCCAGUCAUCAAACCUUCCCUCACACCAGCUCUACACCAGUCACUCUCACCACAACCUGUCAAGUCACCCUCUUCGCCGCCUCUUCUGACCUCUCAAGAAGUGACGAACAUAGAUGAAGAUGACGAUAAUGACGUACAGGUAUCGACGCAGCGACCUGCGUCUCCACCUACGUUGCGGCCAGCAUCACCGCCAGUACCAGCACUCAUGCGGAAGCUGACAGGUGAAUCAACGUUCGACGUACCAGAGUUCGCCCCAGAGCAAAGACUUCCACCCAGGAGCAACAGCCCGCCCAUCCCUACCGUCCUCAAGCGUCUCCACAGUCUUGACUCCACGCCCACGCUCCCAGAGCUGCCACUACAGUCUUCACGCCCAUCCUCAAGACCCACUUCUCCCAUGGGUCUGACGGCAGCCACCUGUCUGGCAGCUGGCAGUCGCCCUGUUAGCUCAGGGCCCUCCCACACUCUACAAGGACGAAUAAAUGGAGAAUGUAACGUGGGUGGUGGAAGCAGCAGCCAGCCUCUCUCACCCAGCUCUCGACCGCCCACACCUCGCCGCCUGCCGCCCAUCACUCCUUCAAGAAGUGAGGAACUGGUAGCUUCACCUCGGCCCACUUCGGUUCCUCGCUCCGCCUCCCCUCCGGUGCCUGCCGUGGCCAAGCGACUCUCCGCUAGUUCCAGGUCCGGCCAGUCUCCCCAUGAGCCACGUCUGGAGCGCCAGCUGACGCCAGUGGAGAACCCAGAGUCACCCAGACACCAACCAACCUCUUCACCUACUGCCUCUCCGCCCUCCGCUGUCACCUCAGGUAACUCCUAUACAUGGAUUACGGUGAGACAGAGAGAAAGACAGAUAGACGGAGACAGAGUACAUGGUAGACAUCAGAAGACUAGAAGACAAAAAGAAUGCAGAUGUAAUAUAUAGACUUUGCAAAAGCCUUCGACAAGUGUGACCAUGCCGUAAUAGCGCACAAAAUGCGUGCUAAAGGAAUAACAGGAAAACUUGGUCGAUGGAUCUAUAAUUUCCUCACUAACAGAACACAGAGAGUAGUCGUCAACAGAGUAAAGUCCGAGGCAGCUACGGUGAAAAGCUCUGUUCCACAAGGCACAGUACUCGCUCCCAUCUUGUUCCUCAUCCUCAUAUCCGACAUAGACAAGGAUGUCAGCCACAGCACC